AUGAACAAGAAUCAGAGUGCAGGUUCUGAAAGUAAAGGGGUCUCUAAGGAUAGAGUUGACAAAGCUGUCGCUCCUUUAUCUUCUGAGGAUAAGGAGUGUCACCCUGAGUCCUUAAUUCAGUUAGAAGAAAAUCUGGUGGAAAUUAAUGUGCAACCUCUAUCCAUGGGAAGAAGGGUUGUUCGCAGAAAGAAAGCCAGUUCUUCUAAGGGGUUGGCUUCUGAUAGUGGUAGGAAGGCUGAUAACAUGCUGGUUGACACUGUGGUUAACCAGGAGGGAGACAAGGGUAAGGGUGUGAUGAAGAGAGGAUUUGAGGUUUUGGUCCAGGAUGAGGCUGUUGAUGCACGUCUUGAGUGCAAAUAUAGCGACUCAAAAGGCCAAAAUAACACCACAGCAAGCUUCGCUGCUCACAUUCUCAUGGCAGCUCCACGGAUCCUUCUUUGCGGCGACGUCCUUGGCCGCCUCAACCAACUCUUCAAACGCGUUACCUCCGUGAACAAAUCGGCCGGGCCAUUCGACGCGCUGCUGUGCGUGGGUCAGUUCUUCCCGGACUCUCCGGAGGGCCUGGAGGAGUUCAAUGACUACAUUGAAGGCCGCUCCAAAAUCCCCAUUCCCACAUACUUUAUCGGCGAUUACGGCGUUGGGGCUGUAAAAGUACUGUCGGCGGCGGCCAAGGAGUCGGCUAAUCUAGGGUUUAAGAUGGAUGGAUUAAAAGUCUCUGAGAAUUUGUACUGGUUGAGGGGCAGCGGGAAGUUCCUGCUCCACGGUAAUUAACGCCCAAAGUUCAGUGUGUUUUGUUAAUGGGUUUUUCUUUUCCGGUUGCGUGUAGUCACCUCUAGUGCAGCUGUGAAAUCGUUUUCAACGAUAAUAUUAGUUCAUAUUUGGAGUGUGCAAGGUUGUAGCUGUUCAUUUACUGACUGAUUGUGUAUUCAUGAGUAAUGCGGUUAAUAAGUUGAUUUCAAG